GCCUAAAGUUUGAAAAUUCCCGGUCCAUCCUAUCGUCUUUCGCUGAAUUCUUUUUCCUCUUUUCUUCCAAAUUGUUUCUCCAUCUUAUUUCUGUUUCCUUAUGUUCCAAGUUUCGUUGAUUAUUCAACCUUGAAAUUUCCUCUUUGUGUUUGGAGUGAAACGGUAAUCGCGCCUUCAACUUUGCUGCUGCUGCUGCCGCCUUUCUUUUGGAGGAGGAAGAGUUGAAAUUUUAACGUUGUGAUGGCGACGAUGGAGAGUUUGAUUGGGCUGGUGAACAGAAUACAGCGGGCCUGCACUUCUCUAGGAGACUACGGCGGCGAUCAGCAGGCUUUCUCUUCUCUGUGGGACGCUCUCCCCUCCGUCGCCGUCGUUGGUGGCCAGAGUUCGGGGAAGUCAUCAGUGUUGGAGAGCAUCGUAGGACGGGAUUUUCUUCCUCGAGGCUCUGGCAUCGUUACGCGGCGACCUCUGGUGUUGCAACUGCAGCAUAUUGAAGAAGGACAGGAGGAAUAUGCAGAGUUUGGGCAUUUGCAGCAGAAGCGUUUCACUGAUUACUCCUUGGUUCGCAAGGAGAUUCAAGAUGAAACUGAUAGAGUGACCGGGAAAACAAAACAGAUUUCUCCUAUUCCUAUUCAUCUAAGCAUCUAUUCACCCGAUGUUGUUAACUUAACCCUGAUUGAUCUUCCUGGUUUGACAAAAGUUGCUGUUGAGGGACAACCAGACAGUGUGGUCGAGGACAUUGAAAAUAUGGUUCGCUCCUAUGUUGAGAAGCCCAAUUGCAUCAUACUUGCAAUUUCUCCAGCUAAUCAGGAUAUUGCAACUUCUGAUGCUAUUAAGCUUUCGAGGGACGUAGAUCCUUCGGGAGAACGGACAUUUGGGGUGCUGACAAAGCUGGAUCUGAUGGACAAAGGAACUAAUGCACUAGAGGUUCUGGAAGGCAGAUCUUAUCGCUUACAACAUCCCUGGGUUGGUAUAGUCAAUCGUUCACAAGCAGAUAUUAAUAAGCAUGUUGAUAUGAUGGCUGCUAGGAGAAACGAGCGUGAGUACUUUGCUACAAGUCCUGACUAUUCACACUUGGCGAGUAGAAUGGGCUCUGAGUAUCUUGCCAAACUUCUAUCCGGGCACUUGGAAACUGUAAUUAGGGCAAGAAUUCCAAGCAUUAUUUCCUUAAUAAACAAGAGUAUUGAUGAGCUCGAAUCUGAGCUGGAUCGGCUUGGCAGGCCUGUUGCAGUUGAUGGUGGGGCUCAACUGUACACCAUCUUAGAACUUUGUCGAGCUUUUGAUAAGAUAUUCAAGGAGCAUCUUGACGGAGGCCGGCCAGGGGGGGAUCGGAUUUAUGGUGUUUUUGACAAUCAGCUACCAGCUGCUUUAAAAAAGCUUCCAUUUGAUCGACAUCUCUCUCUGCAGAACGUUAAAAGAAUUGUUUCAGAAGCUGACGGUUAUCAGCCACACUUGAUUGCUCCUGAGCAAGGUUAUAGACGACUUAUUGAGGGCUCACUGAAUUAUUUCAGGGGGCCUGCUGAAGCAACUGUUGAUGCUGUUCACUUUGUCUUGAAGGAACUCGUGAGGAAGUCGAUUGGAGAGUGUCAGGAAUUGAGACGAUUCCCAAGUCUGCAAUCAACUAUAGCAGCGGCAACCAAUGAAGCUCUGGAACGGUUUCGUGCAGAAGGCAAGAAAACAGCCAUUAGAUUGGUUGAUAUGGAGGCUUCAUACCUCACAGUUGAGUUUUUCCGAAGACUUCCACAAGAAAUCGAAAGAGCAACCAACCCGGGUGGGAAUCCACGCGGAAAUCCAAGGGACGAUCCACGGGGAAAUCCUAGGGACGAUCCACGGGAAAAUCCACGCAACAGCUCAGCUGCUGAAGCAGUGACCAUUGAUCGUUAUGGGGAUGGGCAUUUCAGGAGGAUAGGAUCAAAUGUAUUAUCUUACGUGAAUAUGGUAUCUGAGAAUCUGAAGAACACAAUACCGAAGGCUGCCGUCCAUUGUCAAGUCAAGGAAGCAAAACAGAAUUUACUCAGCUACUUCUACACACAGAUUGGGAAAAGAGAGGGCAAGCAACUUGGUGACUUACUCGAUGAAGAUCCGACCUUGAUGGAGAAGAGGCAGCAGAUGGCGAAAAGGCUUGAACUUUACAAGAAGGCGAGGGAUGAGGUCGAUUCUGUAUCAUGGGCGAGAUGAAUUUGACAAGAUGAUUUUGUAUGUUAAUAUACUUCACACAAUAACUAUUUGAUAGGAGAAUAUCGAUUGUUUAUUUAAGAUCAGGAAACCUUCGGCGUUGUAAUGUUUAUUCAUCUAUAUUCUUGUAUUAUUUUGUUGUGCUUAGUUAAAGCCUAUGUUUGCGUACA